CCGGAUGUAUUGUGGCAGCACGUUUGCUGCGCGCCCAGUAUAAAGGCGACGCUUCACGCUCGGUGCCAUUAAAAGCUCCGUCCCCGUCAGACAGGACUGUGGCCGCCGCCAGCUCAGCACCGCGAUCAGAUCGGGACAGAUCGCACCGCCGCUACCGUGAACUGAAUCUUCACCGUUCGUUCAAUUAUGAGAUUUUGCCUCAAUCUUUGUCUGGAUUAACUCCUGUGUAAUCGUAAUUUGUUUUCCCUUCAUUUUCUUUGUCUCCAACUGUAAGCUUGUUCCGUGGUCAUGGGGUGUAUAAUUUUAUUUUUGCUUAGGGUGACGAGGGGCUUCCCCGUCUUGUAAGGCGGAUACCAGGUGGAUCUAUGUUCUUCAAAGACAAAAGAGGCAGUACAGGGAAAUCAGAGGAACUUUAACAUCAAGGAGAAUGCAGUCUCUGUGCUGGCGCGCUGUCUUUUUCCUUGCGACUGCUGUCUACCUGGUAUCUAGUGCCCAUGCUUCCACUCCAGGCAAGUCAGAAGUGCUUAAAUCAGGGAGCCCUAAGUCGACCUUAAAACACAUAUGGACAGAAAGCAGUAAGGACUUGUCUAUCAGCCGGCUGCUGUCACAGACUCUGCACGGGAAGGAAAACAGCACCGCGCUGGACCUGCGGUACGAGACGCCGGAGCCGUACUCCGAGCAGGACCUGUGGGACUGGCUGCGAAACUCCACGGAACCCCAGGACUCACGACCCCGGGCCAAGAGGCGGCCCAUCGUCAAGACGGGCAAGUUCAAGAAGAUGUUUGGGUGGGGCGACUUCAACUCCAACAUCAAAACGGUGAAGCUGAACCUGCUGAUCACAGGCAAGAUCGUGGACCAUGGAAAUGGCACCUUCAGCGUCUACUUCCGGCACAACUCCACGGGGCAGGGCAACGUGUCCGUCAGCCUGGUGCCGCCCACCAAGAUCGUGGAGUUCGACCUGACGGCCCAGCAGUCCGUCAUCGACGCCAAAGACUCCAAGUCCUUCAACUGCCGCAUCGAGUAUGAGAAGGUAGACAAGUCUACUAAGAACACGCUGUGCAACUUCGACCCGUCCAAGACCUGCUACCAGGACCAGACGCAGAGCCACGUCUCAUGGCUCUGCUCGAAACCUUUCAAAGUCAUUUGCAUCUACAUCUCCUUCUACAGCACUGACUACAAACUAGUGCAGAAAGUAUGUCCAGAUUAUAACUACCACAGUGACACUCCCUACUUCCCGUCCGGCUGAGAACCAGAGCGCCAGGACAACAACAACAAAAAAGUUAUGCUAAAAGGGCAUUCCCCCCCCAAAUAUAUUUUAGCUUUUUCUUCUGUCCUGAACAUAUCCACAACAGAAUGGUGAUGCAAAAUAAAAGAGUCAAAUGAAUUAUUCUGUCGAAUACAGUUCCAUACAGGUGUAAUACUGAGUAAUUCUGGGGAAAGACAGUUAAGGUGUACAAGGCAGUGUUGCAGUAAUGUUCCUAUCCAGUGUGUUGAUCUGAUUAUUAAUAUUAUUAUGCUCUUUCCUGUACGCUAACUGGGUUGUCCCUUAAGAUUAUCGUGUGUACAUAGACGCUAAUAGCAUUGAAAGCUGGAAUUGCCGUCAAAUCUUACUUAACCCUGAAAAAAAUCAUUUCAUUGGCGAUUGCGACUGGAGGUCCUACCCAUACAUCUACUGCAAUUUAAUUUCAUUUUUUUUUCUUUGAACAAAUAUUCGGUCUUGAUUUUGCAGGUACGCAGCCACAUUUCAGCCUGGGGUGUCUCACUCGGAAUCUGGCUCAUACAGACCCCCCUCCCCCCAAUCUCCAGUCAUUCUCUCCCCUACUGCCUCCACCUUGCAUUCCCCAGAACUCCAGUACUGAGACCACUCUGAUAAGUAAUGUCCCGCGUGUUCCAAAAAGAACAUUCCGGGUCACCUAUGAGAUAUUCCUUCCCGCAGCUGGAUGUCCUUCCCACAGACAGGCUAUGCCUGUUUCUCCCAUCCGGGAACGAUAAUCUCAGGCCCUUGAAUAUCUUUUGUUCUGGCUUGAUGUGUCGGAUGAAGGCUAAUUACCACAUCAGGCCAACGGAGAAAAGGUUUCUCACCCUCACCAACUGUCAUAGAUGUGAUAAAUUCUAUAUCCUAGAGCUUAAUUUGUAUGAAUGGUUUGUAUUGUAUAUAGUUUAUCUUAACUGAGCUGCUUCUGUAUAUGCCUGUAUACGCUGAGUAUACCUGUCUGAUUCAAUCCAACCCCAGAAACAUCCCCACCGCCCCCC